CGCGGCGCGUGCGCACUCUCGCCUCUCGGCGGCAGCCAUGGCGGGGCAGGAGGAUCCGGUGCAGCGGGAGAUCCACCAGGACUGGGCGAACCGCGAGUACAUCGAGGUCAUCACCAGCAGCAUCAAGAAGAUCGCGGACUUCCUCAACUCCUUCGAUAUGUCUUGUCGUUCAAGACUGGCGACACUCAACGAGAAGCUGACGGCCCUGGAACGGAGGAUCGAGUACAUCGAGGCCCGGGUGACAAAAGGUGAGACCCUCACCUAGAGCCCUGCCGGCCGCCGCUGGGACCUGCUCUCCGGAAGCCUCCGUGGACCAGCCCGCGGCCCCUUGUUCCCUCUCUCUCCUUAAGAGCAGCAGGGCUUAUUCUUGGUUUUCUUGUUUGCAACGUGUGGCCUUUGCGCCCUGCCAUGUCCGUCUGGGAGUGCCUGCGGGGAGCGGGCAGGGGGAAGCUUGGAACCGCCGAGAAGCAUCUUACCCCCUCAGUCCCGUUUUAUAGAACUUGUGGUCACUGGGUUGGAGACGUGCAGAGCCAAAUGCCUGGGACUCGGGCGCGGCCCCGCGCGCCGCCUCAGCGUCUCCCCAUCUCCGCGCCUCCCCGCCGCGUCCACGUUCCUUGUCUCUGUGAUGCUCUGAAUGGCCUUUGGCUCCCCGGCUUCGGGGGGACCGGCAGUCCUGGCUGAGACCCCAUGCCCGGGCCGGGCCUCCAGAGAAAGCUGUUCUGCCGUUUGCAGAGGUCAAGGUUGGGCUCCAGCUGGGCUGGAGGGGACCCUUCCAGGGUUUCCUUUCUGUCACGCGGGGUGUCUUUGCUGCCCGAAUCUCCCUAAUAAACUCCUCCACUCUG